GAGAGAGAGGGGGGAGAGGGAGAGAGAGAGGAGAGAAAAGAGUAGAAGAGAGGAAGAAUAAAAGAAAUUAUAAAAAAAGUAGUGUAAUACCUUAAACUUUUUUCGUGGACGAAAGAAGAAUGUCUUUGGAAUCUGUGACAAGUGAAAAACAGCUGCAAAAUCAAAAAUCAACAGGAGAUGAUGCAAUUAUAUCAAUGUCCGUGGCUGGGGAGGUAACUGAUACUUCCAUUAUGGAAAUUGGACGUUCAAGACCUCAAUUUCAAUAUACAAGGGAGGAAUUGAUGACGAUAAAAGGUUUACCUUUAUCUAAACGCAGACCUGGUUUCCUGGAUACCUCUUACAAUAAUACACGUGGUGUAUGGGACCCUGAACGUUGGCAUUCAAACAGAAAAUGUAGUGACACGCCGCCUAAAGAUGACAAAGGUAUACGUUCCGAACCCAUUACUGAAAAUCAUAACAAGCGUCGCAGUGGUGAUCCUCGGGAACGAAUACGAAAAGAACAGGAUGGUAUUGUUUUAAGUCCCCAAAGACGAAGUUUUAAUUCUGGAUGUUUUGUUAAUGUGACGUGUAAUGUACCAAGUAGACGCUCUGAAAGUCCAAUUGGUAAAACAGAGGUCAGUCAUCGGGAAACAGUUCGACGGAUUGGUAGUGGUAGAAUUUUGACACGUGACAUAUGGGACUUUAGAUCUGAAAAUGAAAAACUUGAAUCAGAACGUACAGAGUUCUCAUAUAUAUCUGUUACACGUGAUCGUGACAAUAGAGAAAGUAAGGUAAAUAAAGAUCGUGAAAAUAUACGGGAUAGAGAACGUGAACGGGACAAUUUACGUGAUCGGGACGAAAGAAAUGAUCGAUAUGUCAUCGAACGUCGAUCAUUUGGUCUUAACUUUGGAGAUCGUGAAAGAGAUCGCGAUCGAGAUAGGGGAGUGGAUAGAAUCGAGCGUAAUCAUCAGAAUGAUCGUGAUAAGGAACGGGGACGUGAGAGAAGAUUUAGUAAUGAUCGUAGAAAAAGCUGUGGUGAUAAUCGUGAUGCUAAUGAACCGGAGUGGUUUAGCUCAGGACCUACAUCCCAACAUGAUACUAUCGAGUUAAGAGGUUUUGAGGAUAUUCCAGAAGAAAAAGUAGUUAGUAACAGUAUCAAUGUGAAAACUAAAAAAUAUCCUGCUCCAAAGAAACGCGGAAAACGAAAUUCUUUAGAAAAAGAUGACAAACCUAAUGAGAAUAUAAUUGGUCCUAAGGGACGUAGUACCCCAACCACUCUAGAUCAAUCAAUUAAUGCUGUACCUGCACCACAUUCACCUAUAUCUGAACAAAAUGAGCCAUCAUCUGAUUCUAAUAAAGAAUCUCAGGAUACUAGCGAUAGCAUCAUGACAGAAUCAAGUACCGAGAUGGUUGAUAAUUCCGAAGCUCGUAAAAAUGAUGAAAAUAGUCAUCCUGAUUUUAAUCUAGACGACUUUUUGAAAUCUGAUACUUUCCCUGGUGUUCCUGACUUGUUAACAAAUGGAGUUGGUUCAAAUGGUGGAUCAUGUUCUCGAUUCAGUCAGUGGUUUAAAAGAGAAAGCCCUAUUCAGCAACAAACAGAGAGUUGCAGAGCUAUACAGGAAGAAAUGUUGAAUAAUUUACUCAAUGAUAUUUCUGAACCAAAUAUUCAAAUUCCAUCAGUUACUGAAUCAAAUGCAUACUUUGCUCCUAUAUCACCUGCUAUUCAAACUACUAAUAAUACUACAUCUACCACUGGUGUUAAACUUCUCGAAAUGUUGCAACGUGGUAAUAAGCAACAACAACAACAACAACAACAACAGCAACAGCAGCACAAUCAAAAUGGUCAAGCAGAUUUAACUACACCAGUUAUAUCAUUAAUGAAAAGUUCUUCUAUCAAAGAUAUGGAAGUAGGUGGAAAAGUUGUGCAUAGUGUAGAAGAAUUGGAAGCACGUAUGCGUGGCGGAGUUCCUCCACCUUCAUCUACGGCUGAGUUGUCCCGUGUAAAUAAGACUGAAGAGGAUCUUUCUGCCUUUAAAAAAUUGCUUGCUCAAGUAACUGGUGGACAAGCUGUACCAGCAGCAAACGGGCCUAUGCCUCAAAAACGACAAUCUGUAACAUUGAUGCAGUUGCUUAAUUCACAAUUAAAGACACCACAGCAAUCGGUUGUCCCUCAACAAUCGCAUGCAAUUGCAGAUCAAAUUCAUCCUUCAACAUUUAAUCACGUUGGUCCCAUUGCUCCUACUCAACAUCCACACCAAGUUCAAAUGCAACACGAAAACUUAAUUAAAGUAUUGCAAAUACAACAGCAGCAACAGCAGCAACAACAACAACAACAACAACAACAACAGCAGCAAAAGCAACGACAGCAACAACAACAACACUCUGACAUGCUGUCUAUGAUAAUGAGUGGUCAACGAUUGAUGGGUGUUAGUCCUGUGCCAACAGAUAUGCAAAUGAUGAUGAAUAAUGUUACUCAAUCUAACCAAGAAUUAACACAAAGACCAGAAGCACAAGCUAUAAUUCAAGGUUUGCAGCAAGGGGAAAUAACAAAACAACAUUUGAUUCAACAGUUACAGAAUCCUGCCAUGCAACAUCGACAUCGAGAGGUUCUCGUUAAUAUUCUUAAAAUGUUUGGUGGAACUACUCCACGUGCGAUAAGUCCACAUCCAAAUGCACCUACUCCACAAGAUCAUAUUUUGCAUCAAAUGUUGUAUCAACAGCAGCAUCAACAACAGCAGCAUCAACAACAUCAGCAUCAACCACAUCAGCAUCAACAUCAGCAUCAACAUCAGCAUCAACAUCAGCACCAGCAUCAACACCAACAUCAGCAUCAGCAGCAGCAACAGCAGCAACAACAACAACAGCAACAACAACGGAUUCCUUCUCCUAUGAAUAAUGCUUAUUGCCCACCCCCAAUAAUUCCAUCAAAUGUAGCAACCAGUCCUAACACAUUAUCAGCAAAUCAUUCAGUUAUACCGCACAGAGUACCAUCACCGCGGGAACUGGUUAUGCAUACUCAAUCCAUUAUGCAAAAUGCUUUAAUUAAAAAGAAAUUAGAAGAACAACGUGAAAAUUAUCGUAAACGACAGGAUCAGCAGCAGCAGCAGCAACAACAGAUUCAGCAAAGACCGUCCACUCCUGUUAAUUCUUCAGCAAAGCAAACGAUGAGUCCAACGCCACUUGCUUUCACGCCAACAUCAGUAUUACGAAAAAUGACCGCCGAUAAGGAGCCAGAGGGUAACAGCAAUGAUCUAGCAAAAUUGGCUAAUCAAAAUCAAGUGCAACAAAUGCAAUCUGCAGUGCAAUUACUUACGCAAGGAGUCCUUUCGCGACAUAACACAUUGCGGCCACAGCAGUCUAUUCAAUCUUCAUGGUCUAAUCCAAAUAUUAAGCAAUAUCCUGGACGACCAAUAGUAAAAGGUGGUGGUGGUAACACUGCAAAUCAGUAUCAGUACAGUGGUAACUUAGACUAUCAACAACAGCAACAACAACAACAGCAGCAACAACAGCAGCAGCAGCAACAACAGCAGCAGCAGCAGCAACAGCAGCAACAGCAGCAGCAACAGCAGCAGCAACAACAGCAACAACAACAGCAGCAGCAACAUAGAUCUAUGACGAAUGUAUAUGGCAAUCCCGCACGUUCCAAGCAUGCUAUGGCUCCCACAGUAUCAUCACACCCUAAUGUUCCUCAAUAUAAUGUUACCCAAAAUACUAUGAUAAACCAACGAUCAAAUCAUAUGAAUCCCCAAAUGAAGCAGGUUCAACAAGUUCAAUCGCAUAUGGCUAAUGUACAUCAGCAACAUCAACAACAUCAGCAACAACAGCAACAACAACAGCAGCCACAACAAUCGCGAUCUACAAAUCCACAAGUGCAACUUAUGUUGAAUCAAAACUACAACUCCAAUCGUUCAGAUGGACGAAUGAUGCGAUCGCAACAAUUAAAUAUCAACGUUGGCCGUCAAAACUCACCAAGUCUUGGAUUUAUGGGUAGCAAUGGUGGAGAUUUAUCUCCAACAUCAAAUCAGUUAGCACGAUGGUUUACUCCUGAACUUCUUGCACAAGCACGUGCUGGUAAAUUACCAGAGCUUGUUCAAACAAAUGUUUUGUCAUUGGAAGAAUUGGAAAGACUUCAACAUGCUUCGACGAAGGUGCAUAAUUGAUUCGACACGUUACUUUUCAUUGACAUUUUUCUUUCAAGUAGUAUAUUCCUGCUUUCGAAUCUUCCAUCAAAAUUGGAUUUGCUUUCGUAUUAAAAGGCAUGAGUAUAAAAAACAAUUCGUAUUACAAGAAAAAAAAAAUAAUAAGAAACGAAGCGCAAGUGAUUUUUACGAAAUGGUGCUGGAAUUGUGAAAUUUCUUGUUACGCAAUCUCACGUGAAAAGAAGAUUAAAAAAAGAAAAAGAGAAAAAAAAUAACAGAAAGAAAGAUAUACAAUUAAUUCUAUAUUUUAAUCUUCGAGCAGCAUAUAGAGCGCAGUAUUUCUUCUUCUUUUUAUAAACAUACAAAGUAUCUCAUAGGUUAAAUCCUUCGAAAUUUCAGAUUGUAUGUUAAGUAGGAAUUACAAAUGUACAGAAUAGAAAAAAGUAUCGUGUAAGAUUUACAUAGCUAUUUACAUGUAAAAGCCAUUUAUUGACACAUUAUGUGAACAGUUUUCUGUUGUAAGAAUGAUGUAUUGCUUAUAAGACUGAAACACUAAACACAAAAAUUCUUACUGACAUAAAAUGACAGUCAUAGAAAAAAAGAAAAAAAAAAGAAUCAAGAUUUUAUUUAAAAAAAAAAAAAA